AAAUUUCCUACAUUUUUUUCUUUCUGCUGCGUCGUGUGCUCCUUGAGUCGCCUGUCUUCCACAACUCAACCCUUCCAUCGUUUACCCUAUUGCUUUUUCUCGGUCACGCUGCCGCUCCUUGUUUCUUCCUUCUCGUCUUUGUCAGUCUCUGGCACUCGCAAACUUUUUUUCUCUCUAUUCAUCUUUAUACUUUUGCCCCACCGCCGUUCUUGGUGCACCGAUCUUCAGUUAUUGUAGUUUAGUUAGGGUGAGUAUCACUGAAGAAUGAUAGCGGCAGUAUCAUGGGUGCCCAAAGGGGUUGCAAAGUCUGUUCCAGCUGUGGCAGACCCACCUUCCAAAGAGGAAAUUGAAGAGAUGAUAAAGGCUGGUGCUUUAGAGAGAAGUGGAGAAAGCGGCAGUGAGGAAGAUGAUGAUGAAGAUAUGGAAGUUGAUACUUCCAAGCAGACUGAUGAAGUAAAACAAGCAUUAGCUGUAGCAGAUGCUCUUGGUAGAACUCCUGAGAAUAACAAGCCAACAACCAAAUUUGAUGACAUAACUAAUGGGCUAAAGGAACUGGACAUGGAUAAUUAUGAUGAGGAGGAUGAAGACAUUGAGCUAUUCAGUAAAGGACUAGGGGACCUUUACUACCCAACCAAUGAUAUGGACCCGUAUCUAAAGGAGAAAGAUGAUGAUGAAGAUUCGGAAGAGCUUGAGGACAUGACUAUUAAACCAAAAGAUGCAGUCAUAAUUUGUGCACGUAACGAGGAUGAAUUUAGUCACCUUGAGGUUUGGAUAUAUGAGGAAUCGGAGGAUGGCGAUUCAAACAUGUAUGUUCACCAUGAUAUUGUCCUGUCUGCAUUCCCUUUAUGUACUGCAUGGCUUGAUUGUCCACUUAAAGGGGAAGAAAAAGGAAAUUUUAUCGCUGUGGGCUCAAUGGAACCUUCCAUUGAGAUAUGGGAUCUUGACAUUAUUGAUGAAGUGCAACCAUCUCUAAUUUUAGGUGGUGUUGUUGAAGAGAAGAAAAAGAAGAAAAAAGGGAAGAAGACAUCAACCAAAUACAAAGAAGGCAGUCACACUGAUUCUGUACUUGGCCUUGCUUGGAACAAACAUUAUAGGAAUAUCCUUGCUAGCGCUAGUGCUGACAGACAAAUCAAAAUUUGGGAUGUGGCUACUGGAAAAUGUGAUAUUACGAUGGAGCACCAUACAGACAAGGUUCAAGCAGUUGCAUGGAAUCAUCAUGAGCCUCAAGUUCUUCUCAGUGGAUCUUUUGAUCAUUCAGUUGUGAUGAAGGAUGGGAGGAUACCGACGCAUCCUGGUUUUAAGUGGUCUGUCACAGCUGAUGUUGAAAGCUUGGCAUGGGAUCCCCAUAGUAAUCACUCAUUUGUGGUGAGUCUUGAAGAUGGUACGGUCCAAGGUUUUGAUGUACGGACUGCAAGCUCUAAUUCAGCUUCUGAUUUAAAGCCAAGUUUUACUCUCCACGCACAUGACAAAGCUGUUUGCUCAGUCUCCUUUAAUCCUUCUGUGCCUAAUCUUCUUGCAACUGGAUCUACAGAUAAAAUGGUAAAACUUUGGGAUUUGUCAAACAACCAACCAGCUUGUGUAGCAUCAAAGAACCCUAAAGCAGGCGGUGUCUUUUCCAUUUCCUUCUCUGAGGACAGCCCUUUCUUGCUUGCUAUAGGAGGUUCAAAGGGAAAACUUGAAGUCUGGGACACCUUAUCGGAUGCUGGAAUCUCCAAAAGAUUUGGGAAUUACAGCAAGCACGGCCCGCCUCAUCCUGAGACUUAAUUGAUGGUGAACACAUUGCUUUCCGACAUGGAGAAUGUUGUAAUUAUUAAAGAAUGACCGGAUUGCUCACUAAAAUACUUGUUCACUAGUUUUGAAAUUUUGGAAGAUUGCAGGCAUUUUUUUUUUCUUUUUCUUUAUUUUCUUUCCAAGAAAUCUCUUUCUGGAAUUAUUUAAUGUAAUUUUUAUUGAGGUAACGCGUUGAUGGGUGAGAGAGGCAAUCAAAAUAUAGGUAGUAAUAGAAAAUGUUAGAGAGAUAUAUUCCAUCUUUACCGGUUAUGGGUUUUGAUCGUUUUGUGGAUGGGUUAAAGACGUGUUUCGAUGAAUGUAUUUUAUUAAUUUUAGUGGAAUUCAUUUGCAAGUUUACUGGUAA